GAUAGGUUGAAUUUAAGCUUCGUGAUGAAAGUGCUUUGACUGACAAUCAACAGGGAUGGCAGAGCUGCCUGCAGUGACCCCUCCAGCAGAUGAGCUGCAGCAGCUAGUGGAGCAGUGCUGAUCUCCCAGGGCCACCAUGAAGAAGAUCUUCAGCUUUACCAAGAAAAAGAAACAUCCGUUUGGGACCCCUGAUAAUGGGAGUGUGCUGUCUGCCGGCUACGACCUGAAGGAGAAGGAUCUCAGCAAGGUGCACAAGGCUGCUUACCAGGGGGACCUGGCAAAGCUGAAGCAGCUCGCUAAGAAGAAUGACAUCAAUCAAGUCGACAAAGAGAACAGAGCUCCUCUUCAUAUUGCCUGUGCCAAUGGUCAUGCUGAGGUGGUGCAGUUCCUUGUGGGGAGCAGAGCCAAUCUUAACCUAUGCGACAAUCAAAAUAGAUCCGCCUUAAUGAAGGCGGUCCAGGGCCAGCAUGAGCACUGUGUGAGCAUAUUGUUGGAAAAUGAUGCUCAGCCUAACCUGUUGGACGUCAAUGGUAACACAGCCCUCCAUUUAGCAGUAAACAUCCCAUCUGUAUCCACCGCUGUGCUAUUGUUGCAGCAUGGGGCUGAAAUAAAUGCCCAAAACAAGGAGGGUUUUACGCCCUUGACUGUAGCAGUCCGUGAAGAUCACAUUGAAAUGGCUGAGUUUCUCCUAAAGAAGGAGGCAGAAAUAAAUUGUGUGGACCGAGACCAAAGGUCUCCAUUAAUGUUAGCUGCUGGCAAUGGACAAAUCAGUAUGGUGAAGCUGCUCCUGCACUUUAAAGCAGACAUCAAACUCAAGGACACUAAAGGAUGGUCGGCUGAUGACUAUGCAGUCAUGAAUGAGCAUCAUCCUUGUUCCCUCCUGAUCAUAGAUCACGGUACUCAGAGAACUGACGGGGCCUCAGGAUCACAUCAAAGUCAGAACAAGAAGAAGAAAAUGUUGGGCAGUCCUUCCCAUGAUGUUGAAGCAGGCUUCGCGUUGGGAGGACCAGCCGCUGACAAAGAAGAGCAUGGAGCAAAUGAAGCAGGGGGAGAUUUUGAAGACAAUUCGCAGUCAGAGUCAUUAAGUCGAGUUUCAAAAAGUGCUGCUGAUGAAUGGCUGACUUCAGAGGAUGAAGACGAAUCGGCUUCUUUUGAAAAGAAACCACUAAAAGUAAACCUAAGCAAAAUGAUUGGAUCUAAGAAGGGAAAAGCUGAAAACUCACCUGAGAGGAAAACAAGAAAGCUCUCAGAGCAGCACCCCGGUAGUAAUAAAGGGUCAGACUCUCAAGAGGGAAGCUCAGCUGGAGAAGAAGAAGAAGAAGAAGAUGAAGAUGAGGAGGAGGAGGAGGAGGACGAAGAGGACGAAGAGGAGGAUGAGGAAGAAGAAGAUGAGGAUGAUGAUGAAGAAGAUGAAGAGGAGGAUGACGAUGAUGAUGAUGAAGAAGAAGAAGAAGAAAGUUAUGAAAAGGAAGAGAAUGAAGAUGAGGAAGAGGAUGACAGUGCUGGAGCUGCUGUCCAGGCUGACAUGACUGAAUUUGAAGAUACGCAGAAACCCUCCGUUACUGUAGAGAUCUACGACAGGCCCGGUACCGUCUGUCACAACGCUGGGACUCCCGUUGAAGCUGAAGCAGAUACUGAAAACGCUGAUCUGAGUUGCUCUGCCGGAACAGCAGCUUAUGCAGUCGCAACAUCAUUAUCCGGAGCAGACGACUGCGUCGUGUCGGCCAUCAGGGUAGAAUCCAAAUUUUCUGAUGAGGACGAAAGCCUGGAGAAGGAAUCCCUGAUGUCAUCGGAUAAGAAGAUCAUUUUAGGGCAAGGUUUAUCAGAAUCACCUAGACAUUGCACAGAACCUUUAUCAGGUGGCGAGGCAAAAGCGGAUGACUCUGGAAGACAAAAGGAAAAAGACGAAGCUGAUGAUGACUCGUGGAACGAUACAGAAAACAGCGGUGAUAAAACGUGGAAUGACAGCGAUAAAGAGGAGGGUAAAACAGGACUUAGUUGCAGCGCUUUGAUUGCUCUUCAGAGAAACGUGUUAGCCAAGGUUGAAACAGAAAAUGCUGAGAGUCAGUCUGAUGAAGAUGCUGAAUCAAAGGCUGUUAAAGGUGAGAAACACUUGUCCUCUUGGGGGUCCUCUCCAGAGGGCAGUGACAUUGACAUGCCCAAAAAAAGUGAGGGAAAUGUGAUCGUUCAACAGAAAAUUGAAGUCCAAGUACAAGAUUUGGAGCCAAAUGAGACUAAAAUAGCACCAAGUCCAGAUCACGAUCAACCGAACACUACAUGGGAUUCUUCAUCCGCCUCUAUAAAAUGUGUUUCGCCCAAGAUGGUCAUAGAGGAAUCUAAAUCAUUUGCAGGGUUGAGUUCAGUCAGCUCUCCUAAGUCAAAAAGCAAACCAUGUGUAGAUUCUGUAAAGGAAUCAGAGUGGGAUUCCUCUGAAAAUGACCGGAAUGCUAUCAGCCCUGUCAUUAAUAGUGACGUGAUGUCACCAGACUCAAAGCCAAAUGUUUUGACACCAAACCAAACCGCAGAAAAGCAAGAAUGCUCUUGGGAAGAAGAGGAUAAGGAUUUUGGAGAAGAGUCAAAUGACCCGUCCCCCAUGGUGUCUUCUGCACCUGAAGAUGAAGACGCAAGCAGAAACCAAAGACUCGAUGACGAUGACGACGACGAUGCAGAGUCAGUGGCUCGUGAGACACAAAUGGAAAGAAAAACAGACUCAGACACCGAGAACGAAGAUAAUAGUUGGGAUGAAGAAGAUGAAAGUGACGAUCCAGAAAAACAGAUGACGAUGAAAGCUGAACUUCAGUCUAGCCCGGUCCAUUUACCGUCACAACAGUCGGGGACUACAAACGCUACUGGCAAGAAGUUUGUUACAAAACAAGACAACGUGGUGACUGAUUACAGUAAUGAAGUGGAUUCUCAUUCUUUUAUUGAUGAAGAAGAUGAAUUGGUAGAAGAUAGCAAGGCAGAGCAUGAAACACUGGCGGUUGACAGGAAAUCCAGUCUGAGAAAAGAUGAGAGUGAGGACUCCGACAGCGAGCAUCAGAAGCUGCUGUAUGACUUUGUCAGCACCACAGUCACAAAGCUGGACGAGAGAGACGACACCGGUGACGCUGUUGAUGAAUGUCUGCGUGAAGAUAAGACGGCAGAUGAGAAUGAGCCUAGAUUAACAUCAUACCUGCCACUUGAAGAUGCUGCUGAAAACAGGCAGGUAUCACAUGACCUUAAUAAAGGACCAACGAGGGAAAACACAUUUUCCAGUCCACCCACAAGAGACUACACCAGUGGUGGAGAAGGUGUUUUAGGCGGGGACGCCUCUGAACCGCUACCUCAGACUGAUAUUGACGAUGUUGGUGUAGAUUCGUCUGAUGAGGCGGAGGACACGGGCAUGGGAGAGCAUGAGCUCAGAGACAUGGAAGAGACUGAUCUUCAGACAGACGAUUCCACUGAGGAUGAAGACAACCAGGAAGAUGAGGGGCAAGUUGAGGAAGGAGACAUUUCAGAGGAGAAUGAUAAGCCUGGAGAUGGUGGGGAGUCUCCUGCUUCUUCAAGAGUUCCUGAAGCUGAAGCCGUCAGAAAUAACAAGAGAGAUUUCUUGUCUGAGCUGGGUCUGGAGGAAGGGGAAGAAGACCAGGACUCGAGGGGCUCUGAGUCACACUCUGAAAACUCCAACCAACUACAUGAAGAGAAAGAAGGUUUACAUACCCACAGCCAAGAGCUGCCCACCAGAGAGCAAAAACCCAAAGAAAACUUGUUUUACGUUCCUUCGUUUUUAAGAGGUAAGGGAGGCGUCGGGAUGGCAGAGCUAGAGCCUCACAGGCGUGUAGGCAGGCCAAAAAGCAGCCAGGGAGAGGGCAACAGCGAUAAUGAUGACAAUCAAGAUGGAAUAGUUGAAGAAGACGAAACCACGCAAAAAGACAACGGGAAGGCAAAAUGGCAACCGCUUAAUGUUUUAAGCAAACUUGAAAAAGACUUCGAUCAAAAGACGGAUUUAAUGGAAGACCUGGGAUUAGGUGACGUGGACGAUCUUGAAGGCCAAAAAGCAGAUGCGUCAGACUGGGAUUCUGCCAGUACUACCAGUAAAAGAACCCUGCCUGGCCGCAGACUGGCCUCCCCUGGACUGGAAGAGUUUCCAGAAUGUUCCAACUUAUCUGCUAAUGAGGAGGAAGAAGACGCUGCUCUCGUAGCACCGCCGACACCACAAAGGAACAUCAGCUCUGACAAUAAGCCGCCUAGCACGCCCUCCAAAUCUGCUCCCCAACCCCAUCCCCGAGCAAGGACGUUGGUGAUUCAGAAACCAGAAAGUGAGGAAGAUUCAGAUUGGGAACCAGAGAUGACUUCCUCCUGCAAAGCUUCUCCAGCUGACAAUCAGCUGCAAACUAGAGCCGAGCCCUCCUCUGUGGUUAAACCAGGUUCUCCUGAGCCGAAUCUGAUGACAAAAGACAGUAAAAGUAGCUCGCCGUUUGAUAAACAUCAACAAGAGCUUGGUGAAGAAACAGCAAGGGCCUCAGUGGAGGUUGAAAACCCCAGUGUUUCUUGGGAUAGUGCUGGAGCGACGCUGGAAGAAGUUAAUUGUGAGAAACCUGAGCCCGGCUUACGCUGCCCGUCAAGUCCAGCCGGAGUUCAUCAGGAGCAGCAUCCUGUUGCUGCAAGGAGUGCCAACAGGGCUCCAGUGCAAUUGCAUCUUCCAGUCCAGCAGGCCUGCAAUGGCAAGAAACAAGAGAAGCAAGCUGUAGAAGAGAGCUCAAAGCCGGAGCUGGUCAGAGGGGCCCGGCACAGCAGAGCCCCUCAGACCAACACGCAUGUUAACGGAGAUCCUCCCUCUGUGUUUGACGAUAGCUCUUUAAGUGACAUGUCGGAUGCUGAGGGAAGGUUGCAAACUAGUGAACAGCAGAGAACCAAGAACCCUGAAGACAUGGGCCUGGCCGAGGACUUUGAUGAGCUCACUCAGUCGUCAGACACAGCCACAGACGACACGGACUCGCCCACCUCAGGCUACCGGCAUGCUUCUCUCCUCAUUCAGAAGCUCGACAUGGCGACUUUGGACUCGACCACCAUUGCAAAGCUGCAGAACAUUUUCCAUGAAUAUGAGCGCUCCAUCCAAAAAGCGAGGAGUUCCCAUGGGAACGUGACAGACAAGGUGAACCAGCUGGAAAUGGAGAGGGCAGGGCUAAAGAUCUCACUGGAGGAAUCGAGGGAUGAUAAGUCUGCACUGGAGCGCAGCCAGCUGGAAUUAAAAACUGAAGUCACAAACCUCAAAUUUCAGCUGAAAAAUGAGCAGGAGAAUCGGCGUAAUGCCACCAUGCUGUACAACACGAACAGAGACAAGCUGAGGAGCAUGGAGGAGCUGCAUCAGCGAUUGGUCCAGGAGAGAAAGACGUUGGAGCUGGAGAUGAGAACGCUGAUCAGCAACAUGAAACGGCUGGAAGGCGACCACAGCGAGGCCCAGAGGCUGCUGGCUCAGGAGCGCAGUGCCCGGACGCUGCAGGAGAAUCUGCUGAACACGCACAUACGCAAGCAGCAAGAAAUAGAGGAGGAGAGCAAAAGGAACGAGAGCAAAAGCAAUGAGGCUUUGUCUCAACUCACCGAGGCCAGCGACAGAGAGAGGGAGCUGCUCCAGCAGUCGGCCACGCUGCAGGAGCAGCUGUUCAUGGCCAAGAAGGACCUCGAACGAUUGCGAGCAAACAGCAGUCUGAAAGAGAACCAUCUUCUGGAGGAGAACGAGACGCUUAAGGAACACGUCGAAGACGUCCGACGGGAUCUCAAACUAAGCAACGAAGCUGUCACUCAAACUGUUUUCAACUGCAAUAACCAGCUGACCACUUUAAAGGCUGAACUGACCCUAACAACAACCCGGCUGGAAAGUGAGCGUCACACACGCGAAUCGCUGGAAACGGAGGUCGAGUUGACUCGCAGUCAACUUGCCGGAGCGCUCAAAGAAGCAGAACUUUCCCAGACGGCACAUGCAGAUGCGGAGAAGGCUCUGCUGCGGGAGAAGGAAGAACAGCAGCGUCUCAAAGACAGACUAACUGGUGACACAGCUACAUCACGUGAAGCCGUCAGCAGCCUUUCCCAGAAGCUGGCCAAAGCAGAGUCUGAUGCAAACAGGGUUGAAAACGAUCUCCAUCGGGUCACGCUGCAGCUGACGGAGAAGAGUCUCCUUCUGGACGUCCUCCAGCGGGAGAAGGACCAGGCAUCCUCACGCGCCAAAGAGCUGGAAACGGCUCUGCAAGCAGAGAAGGAGUCCGUUGGGCGCGCCAAAGCGCGUCAGGAAGCAUCCCAAGAGCGGCUCGCCCAAGCCCAGAGCGAGACCAUGUUACUGCGGCAGCAGCUGGAAGAAGCCGCAAACAAAGGAGUUGCAAAGGAGCGGGCCGUGACCGAUGCCCAAGAGAGGUUCAGCGACAUUGUGUCCAAACUGCGCUCUGACUCCGAAGAGAGGGUCCAGCUAGUGGAGGAGAGGAACAAGGAGCUCGCCAGCAAGGCUGCCGACCUCCGGGAUGACAUCUACAAGUUGGAGGAGGAGAAGAAUGAAAGAGAGACUAAACUAAGGCACCUGCAGCAGGAAUUAGCCGACUCCCUCAAGAAACUGUCGAUGAGCGAAGCUUCUCUGGAGGUGAACACGUGCUACCGCAAUGACCUGGAGAAGGAGAAGACACGGCUGCUCAAAGACCUGGACAGGCUCAAGGGAAAGCUGGAGGAAAGCGAGGAUCAGUAUGUGCAGGCAGAGAGACGCAUUAACGGCCUCAAGGGCAGUCUGGAUGAAAGAAACCAGGAAGUGGCCAUCGCUGCUCAGAAGCUCCAGGGGGCGCUGUCUGCCUCAGCAGCUGCUGAUAUCACCAUCAAACAGCUGGAGGAAGCUGUGCAAAAGCUGGAGAUCGAGAACGCCAGACUAGAAGCAGGAACAAAGCAACAGUCCAACAAAAUCGAUGCUCUUCAGAAAGAGGCUCAGGAAGCUGCCAUGCUAACUGACUGCUCAUCUGGCGGAGGGGUCCGUGGCCGUUUGGAGGACUUGGUAACAAAUCUCCAAGGCAGUAAGAUGACUUUGGAAGACCAGCUGAACAGAGAGGUCCAGAAGCAAAGCAAUCUGUCUCACACCGCCCAGGACUCUCAGGCUCUGUGGGAGGAGGAGCUGAAGAGCCGAUCAAAGCUGGGACUGCGCCUGGCAGAGCUGGAGAAGGAAAAAGGGGAACUGACCAGCCAGAUGGAGAUAGAGAAGAAGAAAGCCAAGAAAUCGACAGAGCAAAAGAAGGCCAUCGACAUUCGUCUCGAUCAGGAGAUGAAGAGAAACACAGAGCUUCAAAAAGAAAUGUACAGGCAGCGCACUUUACUGAAAACUGCAAAGAAGAAGCUGCGGGAUCAAGAGGCCGCUGGAGCAGAGUUCGGGUCUCCGUCCAACAGUCUUCGGCUGGACCUGAGCCGGCACAGCCAGGCCGACGGCGCCGUCGGGAGAAUGAAGGACAAGGUGGAUGAUCUGCAGGUCCAGCUGGAGAAGGAGGCGUAUCGCUGCAGCCAGCUGGAGAAGCUGAACGGGGACCUUAAGGAUCAGGUGGUCUCCCUGAGGAGUUCCAGCCACAGCAGCGAGCAGCUGGAGAGGAGCAAGAGGCUGCUGGAGGACGAGGUGCUGGACCUGCGGCGGAGGAUGGAGACUGCUCAGCUGGAACAAAGCCAGGUGGAGCAGUAUCGCCGCGAAGCCGAGGAGAGAGUCCGGCAGGAGAUUCAGCAGAAACUACAAGAGGUCAACCUCUUCCUCCAGUCCCAGGCAGCGUCUCAAGAAGCGCUAGACCAGAUUAAAGCUGUGAACGACGCCAAGCUGCGUUCUCAGCUGGAGCAGAAGAUCCGGGAGCUGGAGGGGGAAGUGGGUCGCGCCCGCAGCACUCAGCAGGACAGCCUUAACCAAAGAGAAUCCACGCGCUCCGAGCUGGAGCGCUACCAGCAGCUGUACAAGGAGGAGCUGCGCCUCCGCAAGUCCCUCGCUGCAAAACUGGAGAGGGCCAACGGUCGGCUGGCAGACGCCAACUCCAAGCUGCUCAGUGAGCGCAGCAGGUCUUUUCUCACCAGCAACGUCACCAAUGGGAGCCUUGUUGGGCCCUCGCUGGACCUGAGCUCCCUGGGUUCGCCAGCGCACUACGGGGCCCCGCUGGGGCCCCUCAACCGCAGCCUCAACCUGGGCUUUUCCCUUCUCAGUCCGGUGACGGAGAGACCCAACAAAGGGGUGGAGGACUACCUGGCCAAGGUGCAGAGUGAAUUGGAUAGAAACAUAUCAGAAGAAUUAAGGAACGCCACGGCGGAGCUGGACGCUGCGCCGGCCCGGAUGUCGCCCGUCGGCUCCGUGGACCCCCUGAGCAGAGCAACGCAGCAGUACCUGGAGGUGCUGAAGAAGAACAACAGGCUCUGAGUCGCCUUCCACGUCCUCAUCCAGCCAUUAAUAACUCUGAAGCCAACACUACCAGUCCUUCUAUUAUUUUUUUAUCAGAUUUUUAUGGAGGAUGCGUACGAUGCACAUUGCACUUACCCACUCAGGAGCAAAAGGCUUGAAUACGUGAAAAGUAUUAGUUUUUUUGUUUGUUUUUUUGGGGUUUUUUUUCUGGCUGAUGUGAUUUGGAGUUGUAUUUGUAAAAUUGUUGCUGUUGCUAAAUUUGUAUUUCUAAAAAUUUGUAUUUAUCGUUAUUUUGCCAAGCUGGUUUAUUUGGUACGUGCCAUCAGAUGGUGCAAUAUCUGUCCUGGACCCACUUGUACAGGUGUCUUUUUUUUUGUUUCUUUGUUGCUAUUUUAUUUAUUCCUCCACUAAAUGAACAAUAUAUACUUGAAUAAGACGAGCCGGAAUCUUCUCCGGUUAUAUAUCACAGGGUGACUUGUGCAUUUGCACGAGUGUCAUUUCAGCUUUUGGGUGGCAAACUUUUUAAAAACCACCUAGCUUUUUUUUUUUUUUUUUUUUUUUUUUUUGAAUGUCGUCGUUGGUUUUCCAUUAUUCCCAAAUACUGUAACCAAAUGAGAUGUGAGGAAUUCUGUGUUUUUCCGUCCAGGCCCUCAGGUUGCUUCUGCCAAGCACAAUUUAGACGUUUACCUGCUCCAACGCACCUGGAUCCAGUUGCAGUCGUGUCUCUGUGGACGUCGGCUGAACAACACCAGACAUUUACUCCAUAAACAGGGGCAUAAACAUGUAUUUUCUGAAUAUCGUCUUACGUAAACUGUAAUUGAACAUUAAGUAAAUCCUGUCGACAGAUUCUGAUAUUAUUUCUGUUAUGUUAAACCGCUUGGGCAUUACGGCACGAGUCCAUAGAGUAGUUGGAGAUGUCAGAGAUGCUCCGUUGGUCCGUUUCAUUUAGUAUGUGGUUGUCAGGGUUACUGAUGGUUUACACUGAUAUGUCACUUAUUAAUUGGCUGCGAAUAUCUACAAGUUCAAUUAAAUUUGUUUUAUCUGAA